AUGACUGAAAAAAAUCCAAUUUUAUAUCUUAACAAUAUAAAUGCUAUCCAUGCUUAUAAAAUUAUAUUUAUUAAAAUGAAUUUAAUUGAUUGAGAAUAAUUAAUUUAGGGAAAAAUCUAUUAAAUUAUUAUAAUAAAAUUUUAUUAAAAACUUCAGUUACCCCAUUAUAUAAUUAUUGAUUUUCUCCAAUUAAUAUGAAAGAAAAGAAGCCAGUUAAAAGUAGAGCUAAAAAGAGUGAUGAAGCUAAGAAGCCUGCAAAGAGAAAAGUUUCUGAUUCUGAAGAAGAAAAAAUCCCUGCCAAAGCUUCCAAACAGGCUAAACUAAUUUCUGAAGAUGCUAAAAUUCAAACAAGCAGCCUAGGCAUAUUUUCAAGCCCAGAAAUUCAUAUAGUCUCUUGGAAUGUUAAUGGGAUUCGUGCUUGCAUUAAAAAGCAAUCCUUCAUCACUUUUACAGGUCGCGAUAAUAUCGAUAUCUUAUGCUUCAAUGAAACUAAACUCCAAGAUACAAAUAUCCAAGAUUUCAAAAAUAAUUUCCCAGCAUUUCCUUACCAAUAUUGAUCUUGCAGUCGAACUAAAAAAGGUUAUUCUGGGACUGCAAUUUUGAGUAAAAUUGAGCCAAUUAGCAUUGUAACAGGACUUGGUCGCCGUAAGCAUGAUGAUGAAGGAAGAGUUAUAACAGCCGAAUUUGACACUUUUUUCCUUAUUUCUACUUAUGUUCCUAAUGCUGGCCAAAAACUAGAUCGACUAUCUUAUAGAACACAAGAAUGGGAUAAUGAUUUUAGAAAUUAUUUAAAGCAAUUAGAAGCAAGGGGGAAAAGCGUUAUUUGGCUUGGAGAUUUAAAUGUUGUCCAUCAAGAUAUAGAUAUCUAUAAUAUGAAUGGAAAAGAAAAAUGUGCUGGAUGCACACCACAAGAAAGAGAGCAGUUUACUCAAACAUUGGCUGAAGGAUUUGUAGAUUCUUUUAGACAUCUUUAUCCUAGUGAAAGGAAGUAUUCUUGGUAUAGCACGAAAAAUCCAAGAGCGAAAAGCGAAAAUAUGGGUUGGAGAUUGGAUUAUAUUGUAGUAAGCCAAGCGUUGAUAUCAAGAGUGAGAGAUAGUUUGAUUCAUAAUGAUAUUAUAGGAAGUGAUCAUCACCCUGUUGAAAUUAUCUUAAUCAAUAAUUAA